AUGGCGCCCUCACACCUAUCCAUAGACUCCCUCCCAAACGAGGUCAUCAUCCAAAUCCUAAGCUCCUUUUCGACUCGCUCGCUGUUACCCCUUGCUGCUGUCUGCCGUCGGUUCAAUGGACUUGUGGGCCGUGUGCACUACGCACGACUGGUCAAAGCUUCGAGGUUGCGAGAUCACGAAGUGAUCCUUGAGUGCUACCAUCCGAGCGAAAAAAUAUCCACGCCUUCACUGUUCUGCGAAUUUCUCGGCAUGGAUGGACUCGCUGAAGCCGCCGAGGUUGCCAACCUCGGAGAACUCAACAGUGUCUACGCACGAUUUCGCCCCUUUAUCGGAGACGAGGACCGUGGACCACGACAAUCAGCCAGCAUGUUGGGAGGAGCACAGCCCGCAGUCCAAUUACCUUCACACAAGAUUAACUUGGACUCUGGUGAACUCUUCUCCCAACUUUGCACGGUGACCAACUUGGUCAAGAUUGGUCCGAGAAACGGCCUCUUCUCUAGCAUCGCCAAUGUAACGGAUACCGUCAUCCGUGUGUGGCGCGACUGGCUUCAGCGCGAGGCAGCAAUUGCAGCAGGGACACAACAGCGAGCAAGAUCGAUUUCGAGUGCGGAUGAUCCGUCCAUUCUAUGGACCGACUCUUCAAAGACCGUUGGCUUAAAAUUCCGUGUCGUCGAGGAUGAAAGCAUACCCGCGCCUGUCCUCUUCGGGCGUGACGAUGAGCCAUCGGUAUCAUUCUCUUUAGAAUAUGAAGAGCUGCUUAUAAGAGCCAACUGGCUGCUGCUUAGUUUCGAAACGUCGGAAGCCCAGCAAGUCAUCCAUGCAGGUAAAGCUGUCGUAAUUGCAUCCGUGUAA